AUGACCCUCGCAUCUCAACUUCUUCCAGCGACAGAAACCGUCUGUCAGUUUGGCUUACGCCCAGCCAAUUCUUUGCCCUCUAUACUUCUUCCAGUCUCGCGGGUUUGGGCAAAUCCUGCGCACCCGGUUGCAUUUGCCACCUACUCUCUCCGACACCGCCAGUACUCCUCCAUGGCCUCGGAGUCUUUGAAUCCAUCUCAAGAGGAAUCGCGUGAACAUAGAAGGCGCUCAUCGCCAAUGCAAGGUCAAGAGGGAACUCCGUACGCUGCUCGCGCAGCUGCUGGCGCGGCGGCGGCCAGCAACUCGUUCUUUCCGUUGGGGUAUCGCGAAGGUUUCAGUCAAUGGUGGGCUCGCUUACCUGCUGCUGCGGCUGAGCACAAGGUCCUAUCCUACCUGCCCUAUCUUCAUCACGAGCCCCCAACCCACCUUCAGACCGGUAGUACGGCGAGUUUCCCCAACGGUUCCACGCCAGAUAGUCUGCAGUCCGCAGACCACAAGCAGCAAGGACAGAUCUCCACCAACUCCCUGAACGACCCUUAUGGUCCCCGCCGAUGGAGCUCAAGCAUGGUGGAGCUGUCCGGAAAGGACCGGGCGCUCAACGAAUUCUCGGUAGAGCGAGUAGGCGAGGAAGCCGACCAACAUUUGGUGAUGCUUCAUGGCUACGGCGCCGGUCUAGGCUUCUUUUACAAGAACUUCGAGCCACUGAGUCGGCUGAGAGGAUGGCAGCUCCAUGCCUUGGAUAUGCUGGGCAUGGGCCGUAGUACACGGCCGCCAUUUAAGAUCAAAGCCAAAGAAAGAGAAGAGGCGAUCCGUGAAGCGGAGGCAUGGUUCGUUGAUGCGCUGGAGGAAUGGCGCAUCAAGCGCAAAAUUGAUCGGUUUACCUUGCUCGGUCACAGUCUCGGCGGCUACAUGGCAGUCGCUUACGCUCUGAAGUAUCCUGGCCACUUGAAUAAGCUCAUCCUAGCAUCCCCUGUGGGUAUCCCCGAGGACCCAUAUGCGAUGACGGCGGAUGUACCCGAGCCAUCGGAAUCCACACUUGCCAACGAGCUCACCCAGGACGAGCAGGAUAUCACCUCAUCCGCUGCAGUUCCAGGAUCUGCUUCAAAGACCGUUGACGGUAGCUUCAUCACCGGCCGCAACCCUGAGCCGGGUGAUGAACCUAACCGCCCACCACGCCGAAACAUGCCCAAGUGGUUCACUUACCUGUGGGACGCAAAUAUCUCUCCCUUCAGUUUGGUCCGAUGGACCGGUCCUCUUGGCCCGCGGAUCGUGUCUGGCUGGACCUCGCGCCGAUUUUCCCAUCUCCCAGCUGACGAAGCCAAGGCGCUUCACGACUACUCAUACUCGAUCUUCAGCCAACGCGGUAGUGGCGAGUAUGCCCUUGCAUACAUUCUUGCCCCAGGCGCCUUUGCCCGCAGCCCUCUCAUCCGCCGCAUCCACGGUGUUGGACGCCAGAUGAUUAGCGCUGAGAACAGCCCACUGCCCAACCCUACCGCGGCAGCUUCUUCUUGCUCUAUUUUCUCCAAGUCGUCAGCCAACUCUGCAGUUCCUGAAACUUCCCCAGCGGAAGACUCCACUUCAACUCCAUCUGAAGCACCAGCUCCCAGUCGUGAGAAUGGUCUUCCGGUCGUCUUCAUGUAUGGUGACCAUGAUUGGAUGGAUGUCACUGGUGGCCACGCUGCCGCUGUCCGCCUUGAAGAAGAGAAGCAGCGAGUCCUGGCAAGUGCCACACCAGAAGAACGACAGAAAGACCAGGGCUCGUCCAAGGUUGUCGUCAUCAGUCGAGCUGGACACCACCUCUACCUUGACGGAUGGAAAGAGUUUAACAAGGUCGUCCUGGCCGAGAUGGAAGAGGUUAGUCAACGGGAAAGAGCGGCGUGA